UUUCGCAAAAUGCCUCGUAUUAGUUCCGAUUGUGACCACGUUCAAAAAGAACUUUGACGACUUUUAGUUUAUAUAUCUCAGUUUCUUAUUGUUUAUUACUAAUAUAAUAGUCUGUUCUAUUCUUAGUGUGUUCUAAUAUCAGUACACAUAGGCAGAACAGAAAAUCAAAUUCUGAUAAUUUCCAUUUUAGAAAAAGCAUUACAAAGUACAUGUCAUGCAUUCAGUGGUUAAACUACAAAUAAUCUCGAUUAGUGUUCUGUGCAGAAAUUACCAUUCGCUUCCUAUAAAAAUACGUUUUGACUUAUCGUUACUUUUACUUAGCAAAAAGUAUGUCUGAAUCCGAGGAUAUAAAGAAUGUUUUGGACAAAAAUUUAGAAGAUUUUGAAAUCCAAGAAGUACUUCGUAAUGGAACUGAUUUAAGAGAAUAUGCCUUGCAAAUUGAUAAAGGUAUCAGGGAAGCGGAAAAAGCUUCUGUGGCCGAUUAUCUAAAAGAAAGUGAAAACAUUGGUUCACUCCACAACCAGAUUGAAGAAUGCGAUGGUAUUCUCGCUAAAAUGGAGAGCAUGCUUAUGGUGUUUCAGAAUGAUCUUGGCAGCAUUAGUAAUGAGAUAAUAAGCUUACAAAAAAGGUCUGUUAGCAUGUCUGUUCAGUUGUCCAAUCGACAAAUACUUAAGGGACCUCUUUCAUCAUUCAUUGAAGACAUGGCCGUUUCUGAAACUUUGAUAUUUGGAAUUAAUAAUGUGCCAGUGACCGACAAGGAGUUCAUGGUUCAGUUAGCCAUAUUAAAUCAAAAACUUAACUUUGUAAAGGAACAAGAUUUUAAAGAGACAAAGGCUUGUCAUGAUGUUAAAGAUGUGUUAGAAAAACUCAAAAUAAAAGCUGUUUCUAAAAUAAGAACAUACAUUUUAGAACAAAUAUAUAAGUUUCGUAAGCCGAUGGCCAACUAUCAGAUACCACAAAAUGCAAUGUUAAAAUACAAAUUUUUCUUUGAAUUUGUUUUGGCAAAUGAAAGAAAUGUAGCUCAAGAAAUAUGCAAUGAGUAUAUUGAUACAUUGAGUAAAGUUUAUUAUUCAUAUUUUAAAUCAUAUGCAUCAAGAUUAGACAAACUUAAGUAUGAGGAAGCACCUACGAAAGAAGAUCUGAUGGGAAUUGAAGAUGGUUCUAAAGGAGGAUUCUUUCAAAAGUCAAAUUUAAAGAAUAAAAGUACUAUAUUCACAAUUGGUAACCGAGGGGAUGUUCUGGCUCAACAAUUAGAAGCACCAAUUAUUGUACCUCAUGUGCAACAGAAAAUCAAGUAUUCAUAUGAGGCUUUAUUUAGAAGUCUUCAGUAUGCUCUAGUGGACAAUGGAUGCAGAGAAUACUUAUUUACCACAGAAUUCUUUCAUGUCAAAGGAACUCAUGCUCAGGAAUUAUUUGACAGAAUUCUCGGUAAAACUUUGUCUCUUCUUGUGAAAAAUGUAGAGACAUAUGUAGUAGAAUGUUACGACUGCUUAGCAUUAUUCUUGUGUAUUCAACUUAUAAACCGAUACAAAUGGAUGUGUCACAAAAGAGCGGUUGGUGCAUUAGACAGCUAUUGGGAUUCACUUUACAGUACUUUAUGGCCAAGAUUGGAAUAUGUAUUGAAACUAAACAUACAGAGUGUUAGGGAAUGCGAUCCAGCAAAGUUGUCCAAUAAGGAACUAGGACCUCAUUAUAUAACUCGACGAUAUGCAGAAUUUUCAGCAGCUAUGCUAAGUUUGAGUGAACAAUUUCCAUUGGAAGAACUAAGCAACCUACUAUUAAUUCUUCAAGAUGAAGUACAUUGCUUCUUACUUAAAAUGGCGGCAGAAUUCCCACAAAGAAUACAACAACUAAUUUUCUUAAUAAAUAACUACGAUAUGGUCCUUAGUGUGUUAAUGGAAAGAACCAGAGACAACACUAAAGAGGCUGAGAGUUUCAGGGAACAAUUACAAGCCAGAAGCUUCGAAUAUGUGGAAGAAAUAUUGAGCCCACAUUUUGGUGGAAUGAUUCAAUUUGUAAAAGAAGGAGAGCAGCUGCUAGAAAGUGAAAAGAAAUCUGAACUUGCUAAUUUAGAAAAAAAGUCAAUCUCUUUAGUUGCUUCCUUCAGUUCAGGGUGGAAGCAAAGUCUGGAAGAAAUACAUAGGGAAGUACUGGUGUCAUUCCCUAAUCUCGUUACUGGUUCUGGUCUACUGCAAAUGGCUCUCACAAACUUCGUUCAAUAUUACCACAAAUUCGUAAAAUUAUUAACGCCAACUGCAAGAACACAAUUAGUCAAUAUUCAUGUUAUAAUGGUAGAAAUAAAAAAAUAUAAAACCAAUUAUUGAAAACAACUUGAUGUAUAAAUUUAAAUAUAAGACUUAUUCCAUCUGAUUCUAGGCCCCUGGCUCGGGAAUGGCUUAACGGGUUAAAAGAUUACAUCUGAUCUAAUAGUACAAGCGCUUCUGUUUUACACAGAUCAGGUAGUCUCAUACAUAUACUUAUAUCAAUUUAUCGUUUUAGUUACAUAAUAUUUUGUUUGUAUAUUGUAACAUUAAAUAUCUAUUUUGUGAUCAAAGGUAUUACUUUAAAGAUUAUUUCGCCUGAUCUGAUUAUUUCGACCUGGUGCGGUAACGCUGCGAUCGCAGAACACUGCAUUUUAAUCUUCGACACAUUCAAAGUUGAUGAUCAUUUCUCAAGAUAUUCAAAUAAUUCUUCCAAUUCUUUUCAUUUUCAAUAUGUCUUUUUGCAAACACAGCAGAUGAAUUUUAAAGGGUGAAACCAGUUUAUUUAAAAUUUUACCAAUUUUCAUUAUGACCAUACAAACUUUCAGUUUUAUUACUUUUAUUCUUUAGGGGAAGAAUUUCGAAAAACCUAUUUUACUGUUCACCCAGAUAUUGUUGUUUAGCAGAAAUUUUGUGUAAAAUUUUAUUUUAAAUAAAUUUUGCAGAAGGAUUAGAUCUUAGUCCACACUGGCCUAGUGCGGAUUGGUAGACUACACAUGCCCUAAAAGUUCUUAUACAGAACUUUUCACUUAUGUAGAUUUCCUCACGAUGUUUUCCUUCAUUGAUAAAGGAAGCUAUAAUUCGCAACGUAUGCACACAUAACUUUAUAAUAGUCAGAGGUUUUGAAUCUGCGGACAUUCGUCUCUGCAGUCCGUUAUCUCCCAUCUACGCUAUCGCCGCUUUUAACCAUAAUCUCUCUCAGAAAUAGAAGUCCGUGCCCGAUAGUAGAAUAGGUAGGUAAUACAUUAUUAAUAUAAAUUUUAGAGUCCACAUUUAAUUAGAUUACACCCAUAAUGAGAAACAUAAAAGAGCUCAGCAGAAUAUUAAAGGGGUAAAAAUAGACUAGACUCACGUGUGGAAGAUGAAUCUAAAAAAACACUUAGUAUUUUAUAAAUACAAAUCGACGAAAAUGCAGUCGGCAUCUCAAUUACUAAUACAGAAUUUAUAUAUCCAAAUCCCGAUUUUAUAAAAUAAAAUAAGUGAAAAAAUAUAAAGUAAUCAAUUGACCUAAGAAAUAGGAUAGCUGAACAGUAUAAUAGAUAAACAUUUAAAGUUAUAAUUUAAAAAAGUAUGUAUCUGAAAUAAAACAAUCGAACUCGGCUGAAAAAUGUGAUAAUAUAUUAAAUAUUUAAGAAUGCAGAUUUAAUAAGUAAAACUUCGAUCUUAUGUUUUUAUGUUCGCUUGAAUAACUGCUAUGAACACGUCAUGACAUAAUAAAUGUUUGUUCAGAAACUAGCAAUAAGCGCAAAAUAAUGUGUCGACUAAAUCUACCUCAUUAUUUUCUGCUUAUCUCAUACACCUCCUAAUAACAGAACAUGCGCGACGCGAGUUUACCCUAUAUAUUACACAGAUAAAAACGUAAUGUUUUAAUAAUUAGAUUUUAAAUUCGUUAAUAGUUUUAACGUGAUACUUCAACGAACAUUUAAGCAAAUAAAAAUUGUUUUACAGUCCCAUUUUACGUAUUUUUCGCAUUCACCAAUUAGUUUUUUUCAAAAAUAUUGAAUGUAGACACGGAAAAUCUACGAUUACAUAUGUAUAGGUAUAUAAUUAAUACAAAGGGCUGUAAAUACCAAAUAUGUUUUAAUCUAGUUCAUCUUACAUGUACUUAUUAAAUAAAAACUAUACAACAUAA